CACGAUCCCACUUUCUUCUCCGAUUUAAAAUUUUUACUGUUGAUCGUACCUUUUCUUGUUUUUGUUUCUCUCUCUAGUUUCUCUCUCUUGGGGGUUUUGCACACAGAGAGAGAGAGAGAGAGAGUGGAAACAAACCGCCGAAGAUUGAGCCCAUAAAUGCUCGAAAUCUACGCAUUGCGGAUGCGUCCGAGCAGAGCGGUUUUCCAGCGAAGGCGAUUCACGUCCACGAUGCUACCUAACCGUCCCGGUGACUCUGCAACCAAAAUGCCGCCGGACUCCGCCUCCCUACUCCGUCGGCUGCUCUUCCUCGCCGUCGUUUUGCUCGCUGGUUUGGUGCUUCUCCGUGACACCGAGUCCCUUCGCUUCCUCUCUCGCUUCACGCCCUCUCCUUCUGCUUACUUCUUUCCCUCGUCUUCUUAUCUUCCCCAGUCUGUCAGUGAAGAGGAAUAUACGCUUGAAAAAGUUUUGAAGGAUGCUGCCAUGGCAGACAAGACUGUUAUUUUAACAACAUUAAAUGAAGCUUGGGCAGCUCCAAAUUCUGUUGUUGAUCUGUUUCUUGAAAGCUUCAGAAUUGGAGAUCGGACCAGCAGGCUACUGAACCAUUUGGUGAUUAUCGCGUUGGAUAUGAAGGCAUUUAAGCGCUGUUUGGAUGUACAUAGACAUUGCUUUUUUCUUGUAAGUGAAGGCAUUGAUUUCCAUCAGGAGGCAUAUUUUAUGACCCCUGCCUACUUGAAGAUGAUGUGGAGAAGGAUUGAUUUUCUGCGGUCUGUUCUUGAGAUGGGGUACAAUUUUGUUUUCACGGAUGCUGAUAUCAUGUGGUUCAGGGAUCCAUUUCCACGAUUUUAUUUGGAUGCAGAUUUCCAGAUCGCAUGUGAUCAUUUCCUAGGCAGUCCUGAUGAUGUAAAUAACAUACCUAAUGGAGGUUUCAACUAUGUAAAGUCUAAUAACCAGUCAAUAGAGUUUUACAAAUUUUGGUAUGCUUCACAGCAUACCUAUCCCGGAUACCAUGAUCAGGAUGUUCUCAAUAUUAUUAAGUUUCAUCCUUUCAUUGAUGAAAUUGGACUCAAGAUGAGAUUUUUGGAUACUGCUUACUUUGGUGGCCUUUGUGAACCUAGCAAAGAUCUGAAUGAAGUUUGUACAAUGCAUGCAAACUGUUGUUUUGGUCUGAAUAGCAAACUUCAUGACCUUCGAAUUAUGCUUCAAGAUUGGAAAAAAUUUAUGUCUUUGCAACCAAGUUUGAAGAGAUCUUCUUUCAUAUCCUGGAGGGUUCCGCAAAACUGCAGCCUUGAUUCUCUUCACCACUAUGGUUCCCCGCUGAAAGUUCAUCAUGGUCCGCCAGAUUGAGUUAAGUCGUCUAAAUGUUCUGAGUAUUUUUGCCACACAAAUGUGGGGAGCUUUUUCCAAGAAUGUCAAUCACCUUGUAUGUUGCUUAUUCCCCAUCUCUCUCCUCUCUCGCAAAAAAGCAUACGCCCUCUUCUGGGAGAGGGAAGAGAUCAUUUGUAGAGAAACACAAAGAUGAACUAAAAGGGUCUCAUUCUAUAUCCACCAACCCAGAUAUAAUGGGAUGUGAAUACCAACAUUUAAAGCUUACUUCUGCUAGGAUAUAUAGCUUUGAUUAAACAAAGAAGAGUAAGAUGAUUUAGACUACUUUGAAAAUUUUUGUUAGAAUUGAUUUUUCAAGGUGUAGGUGCAAUCUUGUAACUUCGACAUAAACUUCUUCAAAUAGUGGCAUUCUCAAUAAGUGAGAUUUUGGUUCCAAAUUCUUCAAA